AUGAGUUCUUCAUCGUCUGCGUACAAAACUGCUAUUAAACAACUUAUCACUCGUAUUCAAAUUAAUUCAAAUGACACAAAUUCAAUUAAUCAAUUAAAUACAAUUAUCGAACAAUUUCUUCAAAGUUAUCGUCUCAAUGGUCUAUUGAAUGAGUGCUUACAAUUUCUAAUACAAAUUGUUAAACAAAUCGUUGAUCUCUAUCCAACUAUAAAUGAUUUUCGUCCGUUAAUAAUUCAAUGGUUGAAAUUUAAACGAGAUGUUGAAAAGAAAAAUAAAGAAUUUUUUGAAUCAAAACUUAAAUUACGUUCAUUUCUUGAUGUUGCUAUACCAGCAUCAUUUAAUCGUACAUGUUCGAAAGCAAAAGAUUUUCUCCUAUGUGAACUAUACGAAUAUCGAAAUGCCAAUAUAAAAUCUACACAAAUGAUUGACGAACGUCGCACAUUAGUUCGUUCAUUAAAUGAACAUUUUUUUGGUGAUGGUACAAAUCAUUUUUUGUGCGCACGAAUUUUACUCGAACAAAUAAAACUUGAUUUAGCGUGUGGAAAUACUUUAGAUAUUGAUGAAUCAAAUAAUUUAGCAAAUCAUCUACGUAAAUGUUCACCAACAGUAGGCGACAUACAUGGUAUUGUACAACGUCUAUGGCUUUAUACAGAAUAUUAUUUAAUUAAAUUUCAAGUUUAUUAUUCAAAACUAACGAACGAUAUGUCGAAAAAAAUCAAACAAGAUUAUGAAGAACAAAAAAGACAAGCAGCUGAAAAUAAUGCUAUUAAUCAACUUGAAACUUUUCAUGCAGAAUCAAUGACGAUGGAAGCUCAUAAAAUGUUAGGGAAAUUUUCUGAAAAAUCUAUUAUGUCAACAUUAUUUAAAAGUUGGGACAUAAUCAAAUCGAAAUCAACAUCUUCGUGUACCAUUGAAAUUCUCAAACGAGUAUCAACUAUAUAUCCAAAUGAAAUAGAUAUGUUCUAUUCCAAUGUACAUACCAUCGGUGCGCUGCUGGAUCUAUUUCAAUAUUGUUCAGAAGCAAUGGAAAUCUAUCGAUAUUUACUUGAUCUUCUUCCAUCAAAUCAUUCAAGUCGAAUGACAAUAUUAACAGCUUGUAAUCAAUUAGCGAAUAAAUGUUCGAUUAAUCUUGAAGAUCGAUAUAAACCAUUAGUAACAGUUUCAUCUCGUGAUUAUCCAAAAUCAUCAACGCAAAUUUCAGCGUUCGAUGUUGACGAAGCAUUAAAUUUAAUAACCACAGCAGAAAAUGCAUUACAUAUUAAAAAUUUUUCUGUAUGCAAAAAAACACUUGAAACAUUAGAAAAACGACCUAUUGUAUCAUGUUCAUAUGCGGAUAGUUUCUUUGUGCGGUCACAUUUGUAUAAUCUUCAAUCGAAGCUCGUAUUAAAUGAUGAUGAACAAUUAAAAGAUUUCGAUCGAAAUGAUUUUCUUGCAUUGAUUGAAGAAAGUCGAUCUUACUGUGCUCAAGAUUUACGUACGUCUCUCGAUAUUGUUGAUAUUAAUCGUCUACCGGAAUUAACACAAGUUCAAUUAACCCCAUUAGUACUUCAUGCCUUACAAACUUAUUUAUCUCAAGUAGCAUAUUUAAUUUUACUCAAUUUUGAAAUUGGUUUAUAUAGAAACGCAAAAAAUUAUUUACUUGUUGGCCUAGAAAUUUCUGUUUAUUUACAUGCUAAAAGAUGGUUUACAUUUUUUCUUGCGCUGAAUGCACAGCUUUUUAUUCUAUCUCAUCAACCGGAUUGUGCUCGACGUAAAUUAGAUCAAUUUUCACAUCAUUUAUCAACAUUAGAUGUUUGUAUUGAUCGUCAACAGGAUUUAUUUAUUGAUUUUAUUCAUUCCUGGCGUGAUUAUGUUAAACUUGAAUAUGAUUAUCAUACUCAUUCAUAUGAUCAAAUACGUCAUAUAUGUGAAACAAAAUUAUUUUAUGAAUACAAACAACAUGAUCUUGCAUUUCACUGGCAUCGAUUACUUUAUCAUCGUCUGCAUAUUCUAUAUCGAUUGACUUGUUUUCAACAAUUAAGAAGAAAUGGAAAAUCAUUUGAAAAUAAAAAACGAUUGAUUUGGAAUAACGCAUCAACAUCGGACAAAUAUACUGAAUUUGCUUUUUGGACUGAUUCAUGGCUUUCAUUUUUGACGUUAAUCGAAGAUCAAUCACCUGAGAUUCUCGAUAAAUCAUCGUUAUGGCUACAUCCAAUCAUUGUUCCAGAAGAAUCUAAUUUAACUUGUCUACCUGAAUGGACAACAAUGAAUCAUAACAAAGGGCAUCAACAGCAGCAGCAGCAGUCAACAGAUAGCAAAUGGAAUAAUAUUCUGUCUCCACCACAAGUAAAUACAGGUCAACCAUUUGAUUUAAAUCCUAUGACAACCGAAGAAAUACUUUCAUUAACAAAUGAACCUAUAUCGUUCAAAACAAAAACAAAACGACUACUCGAAACACCACGAGGAAAAACACCAUUUCAAUUAGAUAAUCAAAAAGUAUUAUCUACACCUAAUAAAUCUUCAUCAUCAACAGCCUCGACUCUAAUGAGUACAUUUCGAAAUAAAAUGCAAAUCGAUUCAUCUUUAUCAUCUCCAAUCUGUACACCCAAUCGUACAGGGAAAAAACUUCCACCAUUAUCCCUGGCAAAUAGUAAUACAUCAUCACGACCACGACGUGCAGCAGCUAUUAAAGCGGAUGAACGUAUUCAAAAAAUUCGUAAUGAAGAUCAUCCAGAAGAAAGUUUUCAUCGCCUGGCUACAAGUAGAAAUUCACCACGAACUUUACCAUCGCGCUUAGAUGAAAACAAUCAAGAGCCUAUUGAAUUACUUAUUGAUCAAAUUGAUGCAUUACAUAUCGAAAGAAAACUUCAAUUUGAUGAUGAUGAAGACGAUGAAACAACUACAUCAACGAAAUCAAACGAUAAACUUCUACAACAAUGUAUUCGGUUACAUGAUCGUUUAGCAUAUGCUCCUACUGCAAAAUUAAUACGUUACUUAGCAGAAUAUAUUAUUUUAUUAUCGGGUGAUCAAGAUCCGUGGCUAAUUGCUAGUUUAAUUGUUGAAAUGCAAGCUAUUGGUUUUAGAUAUAAUGCACUUUGUAUUUAUCAAAGGAAAAAACGUCACAACAGUGAUCGAAGUGGUACACCAUUACCAGCAGGUACUAAUGUUUCUCAAGAACAUUUAUCUCAUUAUAUUGAUGCGUUACAUUUUCGUCCAUUAACAAUAUCUUAUUUAAAAGAUAUCUUAAUUAAUGAUCUUCUUCCAGCUAAACAAGUAUGUGUAUGUCUGCAUUCGUUCACACUUAUUCAUGAUCAAAUUCUUGCCGUGCAAAUACGUGGAAAUUAUUAUGCGCCUGUUAUACGACGUGUUAUGUUUCCAAGAUUAUUAAUAAAAAAAUUUCAUUUUUUAAUUGAAUCAAAUACACAUACAUUACAUGGAAUUAUAGAUCCUAAUCGUUAUUGGGCAAUUAGAAGAUAUUUUGAACACUUAUUUGAACGUCUUCUUGAAGAUUUAAAUCAAGUUUAUUUAGUAUCACCAUUAAGAUGGUGGUGGUUGCCAGAGACAACUAUAUUCGAUGGAAAAAAAGCUAUGAUUGACGAUUUAAUUACACCUUUAACAAGUUCUUCUCAGCAACGUCGUUUCGUUGAAUUUUUUCUGCAUCAAACAAUAUUUUAUUUAUCGUCUUUGGAUGAAAUUCGUCAAGAACUUUCAAUAAAUUUACCCUCAUCUAUUUAUUCUCAAAUUAUAUCAAGUCGUUUGAUAGAACGUUUAUUCGAAUUUAAACAACGUACUUACACAACGAAUUCUUCUUCGUCGUCAUCAUCAAAUUCUCGUCCAUCUCAAAAUCUUCUACUUUUUCUUGAUAAUCAUUUACAUAUAUUUCCAUGGGAACAACUUCAUUGUAUGACAUCUUUGUUUCGACGAAUCGUUAUCUAUCGAUUGCCUUCAGUUUUACUGCUGGAUGGUAUGCAUAAAUAUUAUUAUCAUGCAUCAUCAGAAUCCGAACAACAAACAAAUGUUGGAAACAAUGAUAUGACAAUAAUACCUGUUGAAAAAACAUUCUAUCAUCGUAUUGAUGUUGAUAAAGGUUAUUAUAUCGUGGAUCCUGGCAAUGAUUUACCUCGAACGAAAGAACGUUUUCUAAAAUUUCAAAAUGAAAAACCAGAUUUAAUUGAAAAAUGGAAUGGAGUUAUUGAACGUUUUCCCACCAAUGAUGCGAUUAAAGAUAUAUUUAAAUCAAAAGAUGUACUAUUAUAUAUGGGUCAUGGUUCAGGUAGUCAAUUCUAUCCAGUUGAUGAUGUACAAAAGAAUUCAUCUCGUUUAUGCGUUUUAUUAAUGGGCUGUUCGAGUGCGAGACUACAAUCUUUAGGAGAUUUCGAAGUAUUUGGAAUGCCAUUUGCUUAUUUAACAUGUGGAGCUGCAACAAUAUUGGGAUGCUUAUGGGAUGUAACCGAUCGUGAUAUAGAUGGUUUAACAUUUUUUCUACUUGAACAACUUAAAGCAGGUGCAUCACUUGGUGAAGCAUUACGACAUGGUCGUGAUUUAUGUAAAUUAAAAUGUUUAAAUGGCGCUGCACCGGUUAUUUAUGGUUUACCUGUACGAGCGCGUUAG